GUCAGCUGAGACAUGAUGGCGACCAUGAGGGGGUCGAUGCGGCAGAGGCUGGUGGGCUUGGCGGCCGUCAGGGCUGUAAGUGCCCCGCCCGGGGGCGGGCGGCCGCGCUGCACCGUGACGCUCGGGGCGGGGACGUGGCUCGUGUCGGCUGUUGCCAGCACCUCAUCUCUGAGUACGUUCCCAAAGCGGGUGAAAAUUGUGGAAGUUGGUCCCCGAGAUGGACUACAGAAUGAAAAGAAUAUCGUCCCUACUCCAGUGAAAAUCAGGAUGAUAGACAUGCUUUCUGAAGCGGGACUCCCCGUGAUAGAAGCCACCAGCUUUGUGUCCCCCAAGUGGGUUCCUCAGAUGGCUGACCACAUCGAAGUCUUGAAGGGCAUCCAGAAGUUUCCUGGCAUUAACUACCCUGUCCUGACCCCAAAUUUCAAAGGCUAUCAGGCAGCGGUGGCUGCUGGAGCCAAGGAAGUGAGCAUCUUCGGAGCUGCCUCCGAGCUUUUCACCAAGAAGAACAUCAACUGCUCCAUAGAUGAAAGUUUGCAGCGGUUUGACCAGAUCUUGAAGGCAGCGCAGGCAGCCGGCAUCCCUGUGCGGGGGUACGUCUCCUGUGUGCUUGGAUGUCCCUAUGAAGGGAAGAUCUCCCCAGCCAAAGUAGCUGAGGUCAGCAAGAAGAUGUACUCAAUGGGCUGCUAUGAGAUCUCCCUGGGGGACACCAUUGGCGUGGGCACCCCUGGCAUCAUGAAGGACAUGCUGUCCGCCGUCAUGCAGGAGGUGCCCGUGGCCGCCCUGGCUGUCCAUUGUCAUGACACCUAUGGCCAGGCCCUGGCCAACACCCUGAUGGCCCUGCAGAUGGGAGUGAGUGUCGUGGACUCCUCUGUGGCCGGACUGGGAGGCUGUCCCUAUGCACAGGGGGCGUCGGGGAACUUGGCCACCGAGGACCUGGUCUACAUGCUGGAGGGCUUGGGCAUUCACACGGGUGUGAACUUCCAGAAGCUCCUGGAAGCUGGAAACUUUAUCUGUCAAGCCCUGAACAGAAAAACCAGCUCCAAAGUGGCUCAGGCCACUUGUAAGCUGUGAGCCCCUUGCCCACCUGAAGCUCUAGGGACUGUGGGAAGAGGGGCACGUCUAAUGACUCACUGAUGGACACACGGAAAUGGGGAUGACGUGAUCGGGAACAGGCACCUCAGGGGGCCAGAGGCUUCCCUUCACGAUGGACCCAGGAGUUGAGGACACUUGGGAACCCAAUUCCCUGGCUUGUGUUGAUCCUCAUGUCUUACCUCUGGGUGACAUCUGCCAAGUGGCUACACAGCAGAACCCUGCCGUGGCCUUGGUGCCAUUGCUCUGACUUUGUAGGGCAAAAGGCAUGGACUUUUUCCCUGAGCCGGCAGAGGGCAUUUGCUGGAGGGCUGAGGGCUGAGCUUCUGCAUUGGCCACCUGCCAACUUAGCACCUGACAAAAUCACUCUGAAUAUGAUUUUUGAAAACAGCUAUGUAAUUAAAGGUUUAAUGACAUGGAACCAUUCCAGUACUCUGCAGAUGUGUGUAUAUAUGAGAGCAGAGGAACAAAACAUCUUUAUUCGAACUCGGAGAGG